CGAGCUACAGGCGUGGCCUAUCACUUCAUGACCAUUAAUCUGGACCGCAGCCGCUAGCCACUCGGCUAAAGUGGAAGUUGGGCAUGCAAGCUGUCCGGACGCCUUGAAGUUUCCACUGACGUGCUAUGACUGGGAUAGCGGUAAACAUCGGUGCAACCUCAUCUCAAGUCCAUCCGCGAACAUAUGAGGCGCUGUGUUGCGCACCGGACGAUUCGCCUGCGCAGAUCUUGACGGACGGUGGAACGGUGGCAAAACCGCGCACACUGUCCCAGCGCAAACGAGCAUGUCAUGGAGUGGACCCACAUCGACAGCCUCACGUCCACCCUUCUCUCGACGUCUUCUGAUGGUUUCUGCUUCCAUAUGACGGCGUACAUCUUAUGCAAU